UCUCCUUUUUUUUAUUUCCUUCUCUUGUUGCCUUGCAUAAAUGUUCCAAACUCCCUCACACAUUCUUCUCUCUCCCUCUCUCUCCAGAUUGCUCGUUUUCGUCAUCCAGCCCCCACGACCGACUGCUCAUUCGGAUCCGGUCACUUCAGCCACCGCCACAGCACGCAAACAAGGCCAGCAAGCCAGCAAGCAUUUGGUUGGGCGCCGCUAAACCUCCACUCUCCAUCAUCCAUCACCCUCCACCCCAUCCAUCGUCACAGGCGAGACUUCGCAACCCACCUGCUCUCCCAUCACGCACCACCUGGAGUGAUCCACACACCCUCUCCAUCGCUAUAUUCGCCCACCUGGAUAUGAAAUCGUCAACAACCUUCCACACUCUAGCUACUUCACCAUCGCUCUUCUGCCACAUUCACAGCCCGAUUGCCUCAUCAUCUCGACAGGCAUCGCCCAACCCUCCCAACAUCAACUGCGCAACCGAACCCAACCGCCGCCGGUCCUCUAGAAAGUUCGCUUUUCUUUGUAGUUGAUAUAGUGUAUGAGCAUAUCAUUCGUGCCAUAUGUCGUCCGCUACACAGACCACAGCUUCCCCGCGCCCGCCCCGGGGAAAGCAUCAGCGCUCCAGGAGCGGGAAUCCACCUGCGCCCAACAACAAUGAAACCAGAGGCGGACGUCGGCCAAGGGGUAAUCGUGCGCACAAAGGACCGCCUCAAGGCGCUGGUCACCAAUCAAGCGGACACGAUGCGGCCCUCGUCGAGAAUGCAGUCUUCACCAGUGAGGCGGUGGCCAUCCCAGCUGGAUCGCGGGACUUGAAGAAGCAGACACAUCACCAACCUGAACGCGCAGGCUCCUCUCCACCAGAUACAGACUCCGCUACCCAUCAAUCAACUACAACUCCCGCCAAGGCACAUACUGCAUAUGCCGGUCCAACUUUCCACGCCUCUCCUGCGCCCUCAACUCUUCCUAUUCCCAAGUUCCUCUCGAAAUCAGUUCCUGCAAAGACACGCGUUGGUCCACCCACGCCUCCUCCAGAUGAUGGCUCCGACUCUGGGUCGUCUCCGACCCCGUCGCCCUCGCGACCACCGAUCCCCAAUCGUACGCGGCAUCAAGAUUCGCCCUUGAACAUGCUGUUUGCGGCCGACAGAGCGGAGCGAGCCCGCAACCCGAAUACCAAUUUUGGGCCAGCCAUUUUUACGUCGCCUAGUCACUCUGCGGUUGAUGCGAGACCGGAACAUCCUAGACAUGACUCAUAUCCUUCUCACAACGCGCCGUUUCCGAUUGAACUCGACGGGGACAAUAACCUCUCAAACGUUUCACCUCCAGCACCAUCGCCCGCUGCCAAUCGGCCAAUUACAGUUCCUUCGGACCUUCCGCAAAACCGGGGUGGGGCAAGAUCCAAUGAAGGAGCCGAUGCUAUCAAUAACUUACUGAGCAGGCUUUCUAUGUCGCAGAAGAAUACCGUAGACCCACCCCCACCUCAGCAUAUGCCAUCUGAUCCAUCACUCCGGAACCAUACACCUCCAUCCCGCGAUCACCCAUCCCUUGUCCGAAGUUCUUCUGGGCCUGCUACGCCGGCACCUGCUGUACCACAAGAUGACCCCAGUUUCUUUUACGGCAACCGGAAUCUUUCGCCCAUGUUCAAAGCUGUGAGCAAAAGGCCAGAUGAGGUGCAGAGAAACUCUGGCUUGCGUACGGAGAUCACUGCAGACUCAACGUUGAGGCCACAGGGUGCAUUGCCUUUGAUGGCACCUGCCAAUCUUGAGAACAAUGGCGUGGAAUCCCAUGCGAAGACAGGCACUGGCCUGAACAACCAUCCCAACAUGCGUCGCGGUUCAGCUCCUCAUGUUCCUUCUGUUCCACAAUCAUACCGUGGCUCGCCAAAUCACCAUUCAAGGCGCGGUGCAGGCAGGCCUCAGUACAAUGGGCGGUCCGACUUUUCCCCCCAGGCUCAAGCUCAGAAGGCGACAGCUGACAGAACUACCACAUCGCCUGCUCCUUCCCCUAAAGUUAACAACAUGAUGGCUUUUAUACCUUCUUCGGUGCGUGCGAAAGCCAAGCCACAAGCUACAUGUCCACCAGAAAAAUCAUCACCCCCUCCCAGCAAUAUAUCUUUGGAGCAGGAUCUCAAGCGUAUGCUCAACCUCGGGUUGAUGAGUAACGGCUCCGGAUCCCACUAA